CUUGUACAUUAUUGACGUAGGAAUACACGAAUUUAUUGUUAUUGUUUAACGGUAAACUCUUUGUAAUUUUUUCGGUCCGACUAAUUAUAAUUAUAACGUUGAAAUCGUGGUCACCAGCGGGUAUAAUGGUUUAUGAAGAUUUAAAAUCAAAAUUUGAUCAAAAUGGUUACGUAGUAAUAAAGAAUUUCCUAAACGAAAAGGAGACAAAGGACCUCAAGAAUGCAGGAGAAAAACUCACCGAAAACGUGCCGGAUGACGUUAAAACCGUGUUUGUAACCAGUCAAACAAAACAAGUGGCAGACGAUUACUUCAUAGAGAGUGCCGACAAAAUAUCUUUUUUUUACGAAAAGGCCGCGCUAGACGAUGAUGGACGCUUGCUGGUCGACGCCUCGUUGGCGCUGAACAAAGUUGGUCAUGCCUUGCACAGAUUACACCCGACGUUUGAGGCGUGCACCUAUAGUGACAAGGUGAUAAACGUUUGCCGAUCUCUGGGCUUAUUGAAACCGGUAGUGCCACAGAGCAUGUACAUUUACAAAAACCCCGGUAUCGGAGGUGAAGUCAUCUCACAUCAAGACUCAACAUUUCUUUUCACGGUACCAGAUUCAUUGAUCGGAUUUUGGAUAGCCUUGGAUGAUGCCACGGUAGAGAAUGGUUGUUUGUGGAUGAUACCGGGUUCACAUAAGACCGAUGUACAUAAACGUUUUAUUCGUAAUCCGGACAAGUGCGCUACGAGUCAAACGAUUUUACAGGGAACGCAUCCAGAAUAUGAACAAUCGCUGUACGUGCCGCUAGCCGUUGAGAAAUCCAGCCUCGUAUUGAUACACGGUAAAGUGGUACACAAAAGUGAACAUAACAAGUCACAGUAUUCGCGACAUGCAUAUACGUUUCACGUAUUUGAUGAAGCAAUAAGCCAAUAUUCUGAACAGAAUUGGUUACAGACAAAAGUUGGAUUCAAACCCAUUUAUACUACAUAAAUAUCAUGAACAAAAAUAUAAUAAUUUUAUACGACCAACGAA